AUGUUCCGGCGCAGAGACAACAACCUGCCACGAGAUCCUAAGUGGCCCGCCGACUUUCAAGCACUUGGUUUUCAUGUCAAUGAGCCGUGCCAGAUCGUCAAGAUGUCGGUCACUGAGGGCGCCGCUGCCGAAUACUUCGACUUCUUCCAUUCGGACAAUGAGCGCAGCAACCAGACUCGCAAAGAAGCGAUUCACGAGUGCGCUCGCGGUGCCGUAGUGUUAAAAUUGGCUGAAGUGGGUGUCAAGCCGCUCCAUCUCGCCAUGGAGACAUUCGAGGAACAGAUGCCGGAGAUGCCGCACGUGACCAUUUUAGCCACUGAGCUGGACGCACUGAAAGGUAGGAAGGACGUCAUCGUUGUCGUUAAUGAAAGCACGCAGGAUCUGGGGAUUUGGGCGUACCGUCUCCUGAUGAGGGAAGGUGGCAUUGACGAGGGGUCUGCGGUGGGUUUGAUGAAGAAUCUGCGCGGAUGGGAUACGAGCGAGGUAUCUGGCGUGUCAUUGAGCUGCCUCGAUGCGAUGAAUGCUGGUGUUCAGCCAAUGCCCCUGAAGCGUGGUGAAGCGGUAAAGGUAACGAGUCCUGGGGAAGUUCCAGGUAUCAUCAUCCUGAACCCAGGUGCACUAAUCUACAGCCACGAACUCAACAAGACCUUCACGUUGCAGUCGUGGCUCGCGCGCCCGAAGCCAAGUGCUGUCCACGACCACAUACGUAUUGACCCAGUGCAUAACUACGUUGAAGGCCAUAAGACCCCGGAAGCGCACGUACGCACCGUGUUCGACACAGUCAUCCCGUACAUCACCCGCGCUGAUGUCAGACUGCACAUCAUCGGCAUCAGUGACGGCGCCGAGGCCGUCCUGAAAUUUCUCGAUGCUAAGUUCGCCACCGACGGAGACGGUGAGCUCAGCAAGCAGCUUGAGGCCGUAGCCCUCAUUCAGCCCACGCACAAGCCGACAGACCUGAAGUGCGAAAAGUUGAGUAGCUUUCUCGCGGCGCAAGGCGGCAGGGCAAAGGCCUGGGUCCUCUCUGGAAAGCCGAAGGGGCAGUUGCUCGCCGUACCAGCAUUUGGC